AUGUUUACGAGCGAUAAUAAACUUCAGCAUUUGAGUCUGCCUGAGUCCUCACCCCCACCUAAGCAGUCGGAUCAACCGGAUUCUGAUGGCCCUGCCCAGUCAUCGUUUGAUAAAGAGAGAGCCGUCUUAGCUCUACAGGUUCAACAGAACGUGAGCAGAAUCGCAACCGAACUGGAGAAAUUAGCAUCAAACCUAGAAGGAUCCACAAUGAUGACAUCGGAGUUUGAAAAGAUUGGCGAAUUAUGGAAAAGUCUGUAUGAUACUAUGAUCAUUGGUGAGGAAGGAAAGCCGGAGCCGUUGGAGGAGGCUCCAAUAAGGAUCCAGCAAAAUAGUUGA